ACAUAUUUGUUCUCUUCCACAAAGGACUACCCAAACGUUCCCGGUCGCAAUCAUCACAUGGUGCAAUGCUUUAGGCCUUCCUCCAGCGUUAUGGGGGAUUCACAGCAAUAAAUAGAUAGUAACGGCACCCGAAGCGCGCACCGCAUGCAACUAUCAGUCUCGCACUAUAAAAUCACAUCGCAUGAAGCGCCCUCAACUUAUCUUUCUGUCAGAUAUUUGCACUUUAUAAGAGUGCCUAACAGAACUGAGGAGCCUAUCAAAGUCCCGUCAUGUGGUCGAACCUUCUCUUCGCUCUCGUCGCUGUCGCCAGCGUCGGCGCACGCCAAAUUACGAAGCAUGAAAACAUCACGUUCACAAAUCCUAAGGCUUCAGAGUUCUACGUGAAUGGCUCAUCACUCCCCUUAGUCGACUUCGACGUAGGUCCAAGUUGGGCAGGUUUGCUACCAAUCAGUAACAGUCCGAACGAGACGCGCCAGCUAUUCUUCUGGUUUUUCCCUCCUGGACCUGAAGGAAGUUUAGAUGAUAUCAUCUUCUGGACUAAUGGUGGCCCUGGUUGUUCUUCGCUGGAAGGUUUACUUCAAGAGAACGGGCCAUUGAGCUGGGCUUGGGGGCAAGCCAAGCCCACAGUCAAUGAACAUAGUUGGACCAACCUUUCCAGCGUCUUGUGGGUUGAGCAGCCAGUGGGAACUGGUUUCUCUCAGGGGACGCCAAAUAUUCAGAAUGAAGAUGACCUCGCCGCUCAGCUUGUCGGUUUCAUGCAGCAAUUCCUCGAAGUAUUCUCUGAGUUACAAGGAAAGAAGCUUUACUUGACCGGCGAAAGUUAUGCAGGAACUUAUAUACCUUAUAUUGCCAACUACAUUUAUGAAAACCCAACUCUCCUUGACCUCUCUUUGCAAGGCAUCUGGGUUAGCGAUCCAUCCCUGUCAUGGGACGUCGUGCAAGAAGAGAUCCCUGCAGUGGAUUUCGUAAAUAAAUACACUGGUCUAUUCUCUUUCAACCAAACCUUCUUGGCAACACUUGAAAAGCAGGCCGCGAGUUGUAACUAUACCGGAUAUAUGGAGAAAUACGUCACAUACCCUCCACAGGGCCUCCUUCCAUUACCCGGAACUUCAAUAGAGUUCGACCAAGGUUGUGAUGUUUGGGAUGAAAUCUUCAAUAAUGCCCUGAUAAUCAACCCUGCCUUUGAUAUUUAUCGCAUCUGGGAUACCUACCCAAUUUUGUGGGACGUUCUUGGAUUCCCUGGAUCCUUCCCUCAACAGCAGUCUCCUAUAUACUUUAAUCGCAAAGAGGUGAAGGAAGCUAUUCACGCUCCUGUUGAUACGGAAUGGACCGAAUGCUCGAACGUCAACGUCUUCCCCAACGGAGAUGGAAGCUUGCCUCCAGCGUUCACUGUUCUGCCGAACGUGAUUGAGAAGAGCCAGAGGAGUGUGAUCGUCCAUGGCCUUGCUGAUUUCAUUCUUAUCGCUGAAGGAACGAGGAUCGUGAUCCAGAACAUGACCUGGAACGGUAUGCAAGGUUUCCAAGCGCCCAUCGCGAACGACAGCUUCAUCGUCGAUGGAGUUGGCGCAUAUGGAAAUAUGCAUUCUGAGCGAGGCUUAACGUAUUUCGAAGUCGCUCUCAGUGGACACAUGGUUCCCCAAUUCGCUCCUGUGGCUGCGUUCCAGAUCAUGCAAUAUUUGAUGGGCUUUAGGGAUACCCCGUGAAUAGGCACUGCUACCACAUAAACCUGAUCUUGUAAUGCACGAGCAGUCAGUUUCCAUGUUGUUGCUUAU